AUGAGACCAAAUAUCCCUAAAGAAAUAUUGUUAAAAUUGUGUGAUGAAUUACGGCCGAAUUUAAUAUUGACAACUGGUGGAACGGGCAUCAAUUCCGAUGAUAUGACACCAGAAGAGACGAGUUCAGUUAUUAAUAAGGAAAUUCCUGGUUUAGCACAAGCAAUGGUUGUAGAGUCAUUAACUGAUUUGUGGCAUUUAUCAAGAAACAUCAAUUAUUAUUCUUUCUUAUAUGACCAAAGUUAUCGUUCGUUUUUUCUAGACAAAUAG